GGAUAAGUUGGUAGUUCAUUCCACUGUGGCGACCCCAGAUUGUGUUGUUCAUGGUAUUAAAUAGAUAAACUAGUAAAACUAUAUUAUAAACUGUUACCCAAACUAGAAUAUCACAGAAACACAAACACUGGCUUUAUGUGGUACCAGUUAAACAUAUAAAAUAGACCAAUACAAUGAAAUAUCCAACACUCACAAAAAAAUAAAUAAAUAAAUAAAAUAAAAAAGGAAGAAAAGAAAAAUCCAAAAGGUACACUUAUUUUUGGUGCUUAUAAUGGCAACUUUUAAGGUACCAAUAUGGACCCAUAAGUUGCAAACCUUUUUUUUGUUAAGUUACUGCCCCAGUGACAUCUUUUGUCCCUUUACAUCUGAAAGUGUAUAAUGGCCUACACAUAAUAGAUUAAAGGCUUUUUAAUUGAAUAUUAUUGUUUAUGUUUAUGUUUCCUUCCUUUAUGUUUCCUUUAUGUUUCCUUAUAAAGAAAGACAAACCGACAACCAAAUAAGUGUGAAGACAAAAUGUGUGUGUGUGUGUAGUGUAGUGUAUAGAAUGGGCAAUGCCAAUCCUAGAAGAGCAUUGGUGUUCCUGAAGGGAAACUCAUUUGAGGUUUACAUGCUGGACUUCUGUAAAACAGGUUAGGAAACAGUGCGCGUGUACUACCUACGCCAUCCAGUGGUUGUCAAUGACUUAUAAGAAAAUGUUCAUGCGAGACUAAUUGUUAGUUAUUUAAUGAUUCAAACGUGCCUUUAAAUGUUGACAGAAUUUAGAAAGAGCUUCACCAAGUGCAAAUACACAAGUAGCCUAGAGCAAGAUGAAGUUGACUAAUUAUUUUUUAAAAGUCUACUUUACAUAUGGUCGAUAUAUAAUUAACACAUUUACUUGUGUUACAGUUGCAGAAAAAUUGGAUACUAAACAAAAUAUAAAAGACGUGUUUGCUACUAUUAUAAAAACGAAUAAACUAAUAUGCCUUCUUAUAUAGGUGUGUGUUAAAGAGGAGAUUUUGCCCGAACCGAGUAAUGAUCGAUUGAGUUUCCUUCCGUUUAACGGGAAAUAGUGCGUGUAGUUUUUUCUGUGAUUCCAUGAGCGCACGGCGGACUCCGCGGAUCUGGGCUCGCACUAUAUGCCUGCCGGUGCGGCACGAGGCGCAGAUGAUGUUGGAUGGAGACUGACGCCUCGCAGCUUCUCGGUGCUACGUCGGUUUAAUUUCAGUUCUGUAUCACUGGUGGUACGCUUUGGUUAACCGGCGCCAUCCCAGAAGAAAAAAAAAAAAAAACAGUUGGCAUCAUCUUUAGAAAAUCACUCGUCCAUGUCAUCCUGUGACUCGGCUUGGAUCCUCCCACUAGGGAUACGGACUAUUUAUACCGCGUGCAGCAUCCCGAGCCUUCUAGAGAUACGCGAAUCUGAAAAAACAGACAUUCUUGAAGAUUUUUCGUUUGGAGUGCCAGCUCUAAUUCUGGCUACCACUAUGCCCCUGUUGGAGGAAAGUUCCUUGUCGAGAGACUGUACCCGAACUGUUCCAGUCGUUAUCAUUGGUAAUGGUCCUUCUGGUAUAUGCCUGUCAUACCUGCUUAAUGGAUAUACUCCUUAUUUGGAUCCCAAGGCUGUGCACCCAAACCACAUCCUCUUUCGUAAACUACAGGAAGCCAAACAGCUACCCAUCACUGAACAGGACUUGGAAUAUCUUUGUGAAGGUUUAGAGGGACGUUCAGGGAACCCUGUAGCGGUGCUCUUCGAUACACUUCUUCAUCCAAAUGCAGAUCUAGGUUUCGAGUUCCCCUCUGUUUUGCAGUGGAGACUUGAAAAGAAACAUCACAUUCCUCAUCUGGUCCUGGGCAAAGCUACACCUGGUGGUGCUUGGCAUGCAAUGGAAGGUUCAAUGUUGACCAUUAGCCUCGGCAUUUGGAUGGAGUUACCGGGAGUCAACUACAGAGACAUAACCUCCGGCAAAAGAAGGGCAGCAUCCAAUGAUCGAGCAACACCAGAGGAGAUCUCCUCCUACUACAAAAAUUAUGUCAAACUCAUGGGUCUCCAGAAAAACUUUGUUGACAAUACCUACGUCACCUCUGUUCAAAAACUUCACCGCAGUCUUGAAAACAGGAAUGGGAAUGAAAAAGACAAUGAAGUGAAAAAUGGGUUUGAUAAUUGCAAUAAGAACAGCACAGAGAACAAGAAUGGAGUGGUAAAUGGGUUUAGUAAGAAGUUACAAAAUGGAACUGAGAAAAGCACUAAAAAUGGUGAGAUUGAGGAGGGGGAUGAAGAUGAAAGAGGCAAAGAUGAAGAAAGAGAGAAAAUUGGGUUGUCCCAGGGGCUUUCACAGGGACUCUGGGAGGUCAGGGGUUACCAAAAGCUCCAAGGGGACACUCAUGUCCCUUUUAGCUUAUUUGCAGAGAAUGUUGUUUUAGCAACAGGGGCAUCUGACUCUCCUGCCCGACUAGGAGUUGAAGGAGAGGAUCUCCCUUACGUGUUUCACAGCGUGCGUGACCUUGGGGUUGCUGUCAGCGGUCAUGGCAAACUGGGCUCUUCUUCAGACCCUGUUUUGAUUGUGGGAGCAGGGCUUAGUGCAGCUGAUGCAGUACUGUGUGCCCUGAACCAUAGGGUCCCUGUGUUACAUGCAUUUCGCAAGCGUGUUGACGACCCAGGUCUUAUUUUCAAACAGUUGCCAAAGACACUUUAUCCUGAAUAUCACAGGGUCUACAACAUGAUGUGUUCCCAGGGUUACAAAGCAUCACCUAUUGCCAGUCCCACAGCUCCUUGUUCUUGUUUGCACCCCAGCUACACCAGCUUUCCUGAGCACUGUGUGCUUUCCUUUCAGCCUGACAUGCACUGUGUAAUGAGGGGAUCCAGUGGUGUUCUUAAAGUCUUCAAGGUCUCUAUGGUACUAGUUCUGAUCGGGACCUAUCCUAACUUGUUUUUCUUGAAGGAGCAAGGGCAGUACCUUGGCUUGGAUCCUAGUAGGCCGAUUUCCUGCAGACAGAAUCCUGUCGACAUAAACCCUUACACCUUUGAGUGCAAUGCUGAACCUGGACUCUUUGCUAUGGGACCCCUUAUUGGUGACAACUUUGUGCGGUUCUUGAAGGGUGGUGCUCUUGGCAUUGCUAGCUGUUUACUAAGCAGACUAAAACAGAGGAUGAAGAAAAACAGGAAAUUGAUUGCAGAGGAAGGAGGAUGUGGUGGAUGGGGAAGAGAAGUAAGUGGGGAUGGAGGAGGAGGGUUUGUGUAAGUCUCUAAGGCCGGGCAUAUGCUGAGUUCCAUGCGAUUUGGGCAAGGUACUAACUCACCCUUUACAGAAAGAAUGCAUGCAAUGUAAAGCCAAAGGUCUGUAUUCAUGUGCUCACACUAUUCUGUCCAAUUGUUUAGCAGCAUAGUGCAUAGGAAGUCAGCACAAACUUCACCAAAGCAUUUUUUGUGCUGCAAAACCAGAGCAUCAGUUGUGAGAACUUCUCAAACUGUCAAAGCAUUUAAAAAACAUAAAACAAAAUGCUUAGCGAUUGGCUAUGCAGCCAGAUUUUAAAACUUUCGUUUACAACAACAGGAAAAAAAAAUGCUUGUAGAUCAAAAACAAUUUGGUGGACAUGCAACCUGGUUUGCCCUCUUGGCAAACCAGAGUAUGUUUUAUUUACGACUCAUUAUGGCCCUUUACACUGAGUGGUACAGUACAGUACAGCACGAGUCACCUUUAUCAGGCUUGCAUUUGUCUUUGAAGGGUUCCAAUGGUACGACAGAAAGUUUCAGUCGACAACAUUCUCACUCAAGGAAAUAUGGGUCGUUCACAUAUCGUAUAAGAAGCAUUUCUCACAAAACAGAUGCUUUAUACACAUAAAUUCUUGUGUAUGAAUGUUUAUUACUAACUGUUCUAUGAACAUGCUUUGAUUUUAACUACAGGUCAAUGAGCGUGAAAUAGCUUAUUGCAACAUCCGCAUUGUAUAAAAUUAAUAAAUGCUAAAUAUAUGAAAACAUACAGACCCUUACACUCUCCGAUACGUUACCAAUUACAAAAAAAAAAAAAAAAAACUACACAGCAUAGAUUUAGUCAUGAUUUGGGUUCAAAAACAACACGCAACAUAUAGCCCGCAGUCAGUGUAAACCUCUCAUCUGCAUCUUUAUUCUUCACCAGCACGUCACCUCUAUCAGAAAGUAAAUUCGUCAUUUUGAGUUCAUAAUAGUCCACAAGGUGAUGAUAAUAGCUAAACAUGGCAGUGUGAUCAUCUUUUAAGUUGCUGAAAGAAUUCUUUGCUCUUUUGUUUUUUCGCAUGUCAGUCUUACGUUUGUCCGUUUCUGAAAGAAUUGGAUAUUAGAAGCACUUCAAUAAUCAUGCG